AUGAGAAUCUUCAGAUUCACGUCAAUCUCACCGCGGAUUUUGCCGUCGAAUCAUUACUCAACAUUCCCGUUGAAACAAAACGUGUCUUCUCUCUCACCGGCGAAAUACAUUGCGGGAGCUUUACAAGAACAUAUCAAUUCUCCGGCCCCAAAAGCUGGUAAGAAGAUACACGCAGAUAUCAUCAAAACUGGGUUUCAACCAGAUUUGAAUAUAUCCAUCAAACUACUCAUUCUUCAUUUAAAAUGCGGUUGCUUGAGUUAUGCACGCCAAGUGUUCGACGAAUUACCCAAGCCAACAUUAUCGGCUUACAACUACAUGAUUAGUGGGUACUUGAAGCAUGGAUUGGUAAAGGAAUUACUUCUUCUAGUUCAACGGAUGUCAUACUCUGGGGAAAAGGCAGAUGGGUACACGCUUUCCAUGGUUCUAAAGGCUUCUAAUAGUCGUGGCUCGACUAUGAUACUGCCGCGUAGCUUAUGUAGGUUGGUCCAUGCCCGGAUUAUAAAAUGUGAUGUUGAGCUAGAUGAUGUGUUGAUUACUGCACUUGUUGAUACUUAUGUGAAGAGUGGGAAGUUGGAGUCUGCAAGGACUGUGUUUGAAACAAUGAAAGAUGAGAAUGUUGUGUGUUGUACAUCAAUGAUCUCAGGUUACAUGAAUCAAGGUUUUGUAGAGGAUGCGGAAGAGAUUUUCAAUACUACCAAAGUGAAGGAUAUUGUAGUUUACAAUGCUAUGGUGGAAGGUUUCAGCAGAUCAGGUGAAACUGCUAAGAGAUCAGUUGACAUGUAUAUUUCGAUGCAACGAGCUGGUUUCCAUCCGAAUAUUUCAACUUUCGCUAGCGUGAUUGGAGCGUGUUCGGUUUUGACGUCCCAUGAAGUUGGUCAGCAAGUGCACGCUCAGAUUAUGAAGAGUGGAGUUUACACGCAUAUCAAAAUGGGGAGCUCUUUGUUAGACAUGUAUGCCAAAUGCGGAGGGAUCAAUGAUGCAAGAAGAGUCUUUGACCAAAUGCAAGAGAAAAACGUAUUUUCGUGGACUUCGAUGAUUGAUGGAUAUGGAAAGAAUGGAAACCCUGAGGAAGCACUCGAACUCUUCACUAGGAUGAAGGAAUUCCGUAUAGAACCCAAUUAUGUAACCUUUCUUGGUGCUCUCUCUGCUUGUUCACAUUCUGGUUUAGUCGAUAAAGGUUAUGAGAUCUUUGAGAGCAUGCAGAGAGAUUAUUCCAUGAAACCAAAGAUGGAACACUAUGCUUGCAUAGUUGAUCUCAUGGGACGAGCUGGAGAUUUGAAUAAAGCUUUCGAAUUUGCUAGGGCGAUGCCGGAAAGGCCUGACUCAGAUAUUUGGGCAGCUCUUCUCAGUUCUUGUAAUUUGCAUGGUAAUGUUGAACUCGCAAGCAUAGCUGCGAGUGAGCUUUUCAAACUGAAUGCUGAUAAAAGACCUGGAGCUUAUUUAGCUUUAUCCAAUGUCUACGCUUCUAAUGAUAAAUGGGACAAUGUGAGCAAGAUCCGAGAAGUGAUGAAAAGAAGAAGGAUAUCUAAAACUAUUGGUCGUAGUUGGACCAGCGAAGAUUGA